GGGCGAGGAAAAUGGAGGCGGUGAUCGAGAAGGAAUGUAGCGCGCUCGGAGGGCUCUUCCAGACCAUCAUCAGCGACAUGAAGGUAAGGGCCGGGGCGGCCAGGUGAGCCCGCGGCACUGCCCGGGGAGGUGCACGGCAGCGGGGACCUGCGCGGGGCUCGGGCGGCCCCAGGACGCGGCUCCCUGCCUGCCUCCCUGCCUGCCUCCAUCCCGCGGCACGCUGUUAUCUCUUAGCAGGGACAGCGUUUUCCGAACCUGUCAGGUUGUUUUUUUUUUUUUUUCCCUUAUAUAUGUUUUUCUCUUUCCCUCCUCCACCUUCUUUUCCUUUUUCGUUAUUAUUUCCUAUUUUAUUUUCGGUGCUGCUGGCCCCCAGAAUGAAGGCGGCGAGGCGGCUGCCAGCCCUGGGUGGGGCUGGGAGGGCACGGAGGGAUUCCCGAUGAGCGCAGCGUGAGGGAACCUCAGCCUGGAGAUGCUCCGAAGUUGGCUGUGGCUCCGCUGCCUCUCUGUGUGCUCUGAGGUGUUAUUUUCUAGAAUCGGAGCACGGCUUGUGCUGGAGGGGACCGUAGAGAUCACCUAUUGCCAACUCCCCCUGUAUGCACAUGGAGGAGCUGAUGGCUGCUUUCUGCGUGCAUGCGGUGCACUGAGUUCCCCGGUCUGUACGCACAGACCUUGCCCCCAAAGGGUCCCUUGGAGAACGGCUCCGAAUUCGCCCGUGGCAUUGGUGCAGGCUUCCCUUCUGCCUCCCGCCCUUUGCUGGUGAAAAUGAAUAGUGUGGAAGCGCACCCGCACUGUGCCAGCUGUGCCUCCCGCCAGCCCUGUACUGCAGAAUAUUGCAGCGCUCCCCCAGACAAGGGCAGGCUGUAUGCCCCCAGGCCGGUCUGCAAAGGACUCAAGAUCUGCAGAACCAGAGGGAUGGGUGCACCUACGGGUGCUUGGAUGGGUGCAGGGCAUCCUUACCCCAAAGCCAGACGAGGGCUGCUCCUGGACGGAGCCUUGGCACGGGUGAAUGGCUUCCAGUAUAUUUCGGGGGAGGAGAAGCUGCUUGCGUUUUUUGGCAGGGGUUCAGGUGCUCUUCCCUCGGAACAGCUCCUGGGAGAGGUUUAAUUAAAGCGUGGCUCGUAGGGAGCUGGCGGAUUGCGGGCAGGAGGAGGUGUGCGUGCGUCUGACAAGACAAUGCAGCAGUCCUGCCGCCCUGCUGCCCGUGGCCCUGGUGCUUCUUCAUAGCAGCUCCACUUCAACGUGAAUCCGCAAACCCCACCCUGGGCAGGGAGCAGUCACAAAGCCUGGGAUCGGGUGGAGUGGGCUGUGCAGGGGAUGUGCGGGAGCUUUCUGUCCUGACCUCCAGCCUGAGGCGCGGCGGCGGUGUUCGUUCCCUACUUGCCAUGAGCAGCGCACUUGGAUUUUUCAUGCUCUUCAGCAAACAGACGUUGGCUGCGUCGAUUUAUUUCUUGUGUGCGCUGUUACUUGCAUGGGAAUGAAAGCUGUUUCGCAGAGACGUGUUGACGUGAGCGUAUGGAGAUGGGCACAGGGAAGUUACCCAGUGUGGGAAGAUUUUAUAAAUAAAGCUGGGAAAUUGCAGUCUCAGCUUCGGACUACAGUAGUAGCAGCUGCUGCCUUCUUGGACGCCUUUCAGAAAGUGGCUGACAUGGCUACUAAUACACGUGGUGGCACCAGAGAAAUUGGCUCUGCUCUAACCAGGAUGUGCAUGAGGCACAGGAGUAUAGAGUCCAAACUCCGACAGUUCUCCAGUGCUUUAAUUGACUGUCUGAUAAACCCACUUCAAGAACAGAUGGAAGAGUGGAAGAAAGUGGCCAAUCAACUGGAUAAAGACCAUGCAAAAGAGUACAAAAAAGCCCGCCAAGAGAUAAAAAAGAAAUCGUCUGAUACACUGAAGCUACAGAAGAAAGCAAAGAAAGCUGAGGCUCUGGGACGGGGUGACAUUCAGCCCCAGUUGGAUAGUGCUCUGCAAGAUGUCAAUGAUAAGUACCUGCUGCUUGAAGAAACUGAGAAGCAAGCUGUCAGAAAAGCUCUCAUCGAGGAGCGUGGUCGAUUCUGUACUUUCAUCUCGAUGCUGCGGCCUGUGAUAGAAGAAGAAAUAUCAAUGCUGGGAGAAAUAACCCAUUUACAGACCAUAUCAGAUGACUUGAAAAGUCUCACCAUGGAUCCACACAAGUUACCAUCUUCAAGUGAACAGGUAAUUUUAGAUUUGAAAGGUUCUGAUUACAGCUGGUCUUACCAGACUCCUCCAUCCUCUCCCAGUACCACCAUGUCCAGAAAAUCUAGUGUUUGCAGCAGUCUGAACAGCGUUAACAGUAGUGAUUCCCGGUCCAGUGGCUCGCACUCGCACUCACCUAGUUCACACUAUCGCUAUCGCAGCUCCAAUCUGCCUCAGCAGGCACCCAUGAGGCUGUCCAGUGUGUCCUCCCAUGAUUCUGGAUUCAUGUCCCAGGAUGCUUUCCAGUCCAAAUCGCCAUCCCCUAUGCCACCAGAAGCACCUAACCAGAAUUCGUCCAGCUCUGCCUCUUCUGAAGCCUCUGAAACCUGCCAGUCAGUGAGCGAGUGCAGUUCCCCCACCUCAGUCAGCUCAGGCUCCACCAUGGGGGCUUGGGCCUCCACAGAUAAGUUGUCUAAUGGGUUUUAUCACUGUAGUUUAUCAAGUGACCCAUCCGUAGCUUCAGUUGGUGCAGGUCCUUUCCCUCAUUUCCCGCCUGUCUCCCGCGCGUGGACUCGGGCUCCCUCAGCCCUCCUUCCAGACUACGUUCAUUAUUACACCAUUGGGCCAGGCAUGUUACCAUCAUCUAAGAUCCCUAGCUGGAAGGACUGGGCCAAACCAGGCCCGUACGAUCAGCCAAUGGUGAACACGUUGCAGCGUCGGAAGGAGAAGCGCGAGGCAGAUCUCAAUGGCGGAGCUCAGAGCGGCCCACCGGUCCCACCCGAGGAGGCCCAGAGACCUCGGAGCAUGACAGUGUCGGCUGCCACAAGGCAGGGUGAGGAAAUGGAGCCCUGCGAGGAGCUGGCGCUCGCUCUGACAAGAGGUCUGCAGCUCGACACCCAGAGGAGCAGUCGGGAUUCCUUGCAGUGCUCCAGUGGUUACAGCACCCAGACCACAACUCCGUGCUGUUCAGAGGACACGAUCCCAUCUCAAGUUUCAGAUUAUGAUUAUUUCUCUGUGAGUGGUGACCAGGAGGCAGAACAACAAGAGUUUGACAAAUCCUCCACCAUCCCAAGAAACAGCGACAUUAGUCAGUCCUAUCGCAGAAUGUUUCAGACCAAGCGUCCCGCUUCCACUGCAGGUCUGCCAACCACGCUCGGACCGGUCAUCGUCACCCCCGGCGUCGCCACCAUCAGGCGGACCCCCUCCACCAAACCUUCCGUCAGACGUGGCACCAUAGGGGCGGGUCCGAUCCCCAUCAAGACGCCGGUGAUCCCCGUCAAAACGCCGACCGUCCCCGAUAUCCCGGGGGGGCUGCCGGGCGCCCUCGCUGGGACCGAAGAGUGUCCCGAGCAAAGUCCCGAGUCCCCAGCAGCAGGAGACGGCGGGCAGAGCGUCCCCAGCAUGCCCUCCUCCUCAUGGAGCGGACAAGCGUCUGUCAACCCCCCGCCGUCAAGCCAGAAACUGGGCGCUGCCGACGAGCAGAGGCCGGCGGUUCCCGAGAGCGAGGGGGAGGAAAGCGAGCGGGACGGCGCCAGCAGCCUGGCGCCCGCGGGUCAGCCGGAGCUCGAUCCCGGAGACCUGAGCCCUGGGGACGUCCCGCAAGGAGAAGACAUGCUGAACGCCAUCCGGCGCGGCGUCAAGCUGAAGAAGACGACCACCAACGAUCGCUCGGCACCUCGUAUUUCCUAGGAGCGAAGCAGCUGCCAGAGUACCGCGCCGCCGAGAGGGAACUGGGAGGAAAGCUAGUUAGUCUUGUCCAUUCCAGUCUGUAAUUAAUGAAUUCCUUAAGGUCCUCGGUAACAGACGGUCUGACAGUACUCUAGAAGAGAAACCAUGGUGAAAGAGCGUAGUAAGACAUCAUCCUCACUGGGGUUUUAAUUUGUAAAUACCAAUGAUUUGUUUCCACAUUUUUUGAUCUCAGUUACACUUUUAAUUGUUUCUGAAGGUGCCAAAUCCCAUUUACCUUUUUUAUAACUCUUUGUAAAGUUUUAAAUCAUAGGAGAAAAAAAAAAAAAAAAAACGUUGAGUAGUUCAGCAAAGGGAUUUAAUGAGAACUUGGCUUUUUUGCAAGCUUUUGUAGAGCGCCUGGUAAUAGUGAGGUGAAAGCAAACAGCGGGACUUACUGUAAAGCUGAAGUCGAGCAGUGAGGAGCAGAUCCUCUUUCGAGUGUUAAAGAAGGAAGUUUGAAGAGCGGGAAUAAAAAUUGACAAUGAAAGCAAUAUAAAUGCAAGGAAGCAACCUGCAGUUGGUAGAGUAUUUGGGUGGGGGGGGGGGGGGGGGGGGAGGGAGAUGCCAUCAAAAUAGCAGAUGCUGUUGCACAAAAGUAGCCUAGUAGGAGUAAUUACUGGUAGCUUCAUGGUAAAUGCAUCAGAAUAAGCCAUAUUGGAUUGCAGUGUUUUGUUUCCGUAGGGUGUUUUAAAGACUGUUGUUUUUCUUUUUCCCACGUUGCUUUCUGACUGCACAGCACCAACUCUCAGUCACAUGCAUGCAGCCGUCACUGUGUAGGCUCAGUUCCUCCGCCCUCACCUUCUGUUCCACCCAUCCUCUCACCGAAUACAAACAAGGACGACAGGCUGAAGGCAGUUACAAAGGUGAACACGUUUAUAAACAGCACGCAGGGAGUUCUUAGAUAUUAUCAAAAUGCCUUUUUCUGACCGUGCCCAGCAGGCUGGGCACCUUGGGAAGCCCAAAUACUUGGAGAAAACACGUAAGGAUUUGACAGGCGUAAGCAGCUCGUGGUCUACUGAACUGCGAAUGUUCCUUUCCAAUACAGGGGCUUGUUUUUCUUACCUUCUUUUAAAUGGCAGUCGAUUGGCUUUUCUUAAAUACCGAAAAAAGGGGGCUGAAGGGUCGGGGGUGGGGAGAUACGCUGGUUUUUAUUUGAUAAUCCCGGGAGUCUGACCACUGUAUUCUCUUUUUUUUUCUACUUUAAGUCACGUUUUUUUUGGAUCGCUGCUGAUAGAAUUAUUCAGAGCUGGAUUUUUUCCUUGAAGUAGAAGCAGGUUCUUGCUGCAAUACCUGCUCUGUGUAGCUGACAGAAAUAUGCAGGCUGCUCGGGGCGCACAGCCCACGGGGCUGCAGUUGCCCACCCCCAGCAGAGCCACCGAUGCCGGCAGUGCUGCAGCUGGGAUCGCUGCCAGGUGCUCCCACAGGCAGCCUCCACCCAACGCCCUGCACAUUUCUCUUGGCUCUAGACUUGCUUCCACAACCUCUUACGCUUCAAGACAUAACUGCACUGGAUGUGAACUUCUAGUAACUGCGUAGUCGCUGUGUUCUCUAUGACAUUUUACACUGCUGUGGUUGCUGACUUUUUUUUGUUUGUUUGUUUUUGUUUUUCUUAUUAUGGCUUAAAAGCAAAAAGAGAAAGGCAUGAGCCUUAGAGAGUCUGAAAGCUUCCUUUCUUUGAAAAACAAGCUCCUCAUUCCAGAACAUAAUAAACGGUAGUGCCUGCGGUGUAGCCCACCAGCCCUGAUCCGGUAGCUGAUGCAUUGUGCAAAUGAGGCUUUGAGAUGGUUUUUGCAUAAACAAAAACUGCUAGGAGAUAAUCUCAAUAGUUAAAAGUGUUAUUUAAACCUUGGAAAUAAAUGGAUGUAACUGUACCCGAGUACAGCUUUUCACUUGUUUAGUUCUUAAACGUUAGCAUCAUCGGUAAAAUUUAAUAUAAAAUGUUGCCAAAUCCUAUGUAGAAAGAAUGUGACAAAACACUUUGGCUAGUUCUAUUGUUUGUGUUUUUGCAUAUUGUAAAAGCAGUGUCACAGCUGAAAAAUAAAAUGUUUCUAAUGGUAAAUUAUUGUGGUUUAGUUGCUAGUUUGUACUGAGAGUUGACCUCUCCCUGUGCAGGUUUUUGUUCUAAACUGGUAUAAAUAAUUGCUGUAAGUGUGUCUCCCUUCUACAUUGUAAUGAUUGCUUAAGCCUACGUUACAAAUAAAGAACUGCUGGAAAA